AUGUCGCCGCACGCACCUCUAAGCAGAACCAUUCUGCGCGCCACGUCUAGAGCCCCAGCUCUCCGCCGUGCCGCAGCAAGACCCCACAUUCAGCCCUACCACUCCACCACCGACACCAGCACUCUAAACGGCCACCACGUUCUUGUGACCGGCGGCAGCCGGGGCAUCGGCAAGGCCAUUGCCUCGCGCUUCGCCUCCCUCGGCGCUAGCACUACCAUUGUUGGCCGCCACGCCGACACUCUCCAGCUCGCCACCCACGAAAUCGUGUCCCGGUCCCCGCGCUUCGAUGAAGAUUCCAUAAGUCACGGCUACGUGACUGGUGACAUCUCGACCAAGGGAUUUUGGGAGAUGCUCUCCCGCUCCCUCGUCCUGCGUCAAUGCCUUCGCCACUCCCCUUCUGAAUUCAAUCAAGAGAAAUUCGACCCCACUCCCCUUACUAUUCUCGUCAACGCCGCCGGCGUGACACACAAUGCCCUGCUGACCCGGCAGUCCGCUGUAGCCACCGAGGAUGCAGUACAGACGAACCUAAUGGGCACAAUGUGGGCCUGUAAGAUCUUGGGCAAGGCUUUGAUGAAACGCUCGGCUCGCGACGGCGCUAAAAAGAAAAAGGCGGCAGGAAUGGAAACGCUGGAAGAAAGCGAAAAGGCCUUGAGGGGCGGAGUCUCGAUCGUAAACGUGAGCUCCUUGUUGGCGACGCAUGGUGGCGUGGGGUCCGCGGCGUACGCGGCGAGUAAGGCUGGGGUGCUGGGACUCACACGUGCUCUUGCUGGGGAAAUGGGCCCGCUCGGGGUCAGGGUUAAUGUUAUUAUGCCCGGAUACGUUGAAACAGACAUGACAGCUGCCAUGCAAACUGUGGCUCGCGAGAAAGCCUUAGAGCGUAUUCCUUUGAAGCGUUUCGGCACCGUGGAAGAAAUCGCCGAAGCCGCCGUUUUCCUCGUGACCAACCAGUACGCAAAUAACUGUGUCAUCAACCUCGAUGGAGAUCUAAUGGGAGACUGA